AAAGUAAACCCCGGUGAGAUGUACUGAGUACUGCGUGUUUGUGGACAGUAGAUGUAAAACCAGAUAUUCGGUGUUUAGUUGACUUCUGCAGGUAGAAUCCAUUUAAAAAUGCCUUCACCCCAAGGCUUGCAGCCUGUUCUGAAGAUGAAGGUAGACGAACUCUUCCUAAAUUGGUUGAGCGAGCCAAAUGUCCAGGAGAUGCUAAAAGACUACCUCUGGAAGAUCAAAAACAAAGAUGAGCUUGACUGUGUACAAGGGGGUUUUAAGUUUCCUGAAAACAACACCACUGCCUCAAAUAAUGUGCCUGAAAGGACUUCUGCCUCACUUGGUGCUCCUUGUAGUCCACCUUCUGGUACACUGCCAUCUGGAAGUGGCAGCACUAACAAAGCGGGACCAAACAAUAGGGCACUUCGGCGCUCCACCAGCAUUAAAAAGGCUCAGGUAAAGAAAGAGGAGGCAGUUUCACCGGCAUUAAGCGAAAGCAUUCCCAAGUUCUAUUUCCCUCGAGGCCGUCCCAAAGCCAAUAUCAACAUUGACAAUCUCAUUUCCAAGAUAGAGAAAAUGUUUUCUCAGUUCCCUGAUGAAAGAGUAACUAUUAAAGACAUGGGGAAGGUUGCCAAGGCCUGUGAAUGCCCUCUUUAUUGGAAGGCCCCAUUGUUCUAUGCUGCUGGGGGGGACAUGAGGGGAUAUGUGUCCGUUCACAAGUUUGUGGCAAUGUGGAGAAAAGUGCUACAAACCUGUCAUGAUGAUGCAUCCAAAUUUCUCUACCUUCUUGCCAAGCCUGGCUGCUCGUAUUUGGAGCAAGAGGAUUUCAUUCCAUUUCUGCAGGAUGUCGUGGACUCGCAUACAGGCCUUGCUUUUCUGAGGGAGGCAGCAGACUUUCACUCACGCUAUAUUACCACAGUUGUACAAAGAAUAUUUUAUAAUGUAAAUCGAUCAUGGACAGGAAAAAUAAUGUGUUCAGAGCUUCGGAAAAGCACUUUUCUUCAGAAUGUGGCACUACUGGAAGAGGAGGAAGACAUCAACCAGCUGACCGAGUAUUUUUCGUAUGAACAUUUCUAUGUCAUCUAUUGUAAAUUCUGGGAGCUGGACACUGACCACGAUUUGUACAUAGACCCGAGGGACUUGGUGCGGCACAGUGAUCAAGCCAUCUCUCACAGAAUGAUUAAAAGAAUCUUCUCAGGAACUGUAACAAGGGACAGGAAAGUCCAUAAAGAAGGCAGGUUAAGUUAUGCUGAUUUCGUGUGGUUUCUCAUCUCAGAGGAGGACAAAAAAACAGAAACCAGUAUAGAGUAUUGGUUCCGGUGUAUGGACUUGGAUGGAGAUGGAGUUCUGUCUAUGUAUGAGCUAGAGUACUUCUAUCAGGAGCAGUGUCAGAAACUAGAGACCAUGGGUGUUGAGCCUCUUCCUUUUGAGGACUGCCUUUGCCAAAUGCUGGAUCUGGUCAGGCCAGAGAUCCAAGGAAAGAUUACCCUUCGCGACUUGAAGAGAUGCAAGCUAGCUCACAUAUUCUUUGACACCUUCUUCAAUAUCGAGAAAUAUCUGGAUCAUGAACAAAGAGAUCCAUUCAUGAUUGCAAAGGAUGCUGAGAAUUUGGGACAGGAGAUCUCAGACUGGGAAAGAUAUGCUGCAGAGGAAUAUGAUAUUUUGGUUGCUGAAGAAGCUGCAAAUGAGCAGUACAAUGAUGGCUGUGAGAGUGCUUUGGAUGAUGUGAUUGACCACAUGUCCAGCAAGUUUGAGCUGCCCAACGAGAAAAGGCACUUGUUCGAGAUUGGCAGCACUCACUGUGACCUGGAUCAGUAUGAGUAUGCAGACGAUUUUGAAUGACAGUUACUGCAGUAAUCCGAACAUCUAAAGCACCCAGCAGAGCACAGCAGUACAGGCCACUUGCACUAACUUUAUGCCAAGACUCAUUCACUGAACAUCCACAGCCACCUGCAUGAGCUCUCAGGUUAAUCUCUGUGCUCUGACUGGCUGCAGUGUGUCCCAGGGUCUUUAAAGGGAAGGCUUGUGUUAGCCCAGUGUAUCAGCAGUGCGCAAACACCUUCACAGUGCCUGACAGGUCACACUGAGUUCUCUGCCUGAUUCACUGGUCCUGUCCAGCUAGCUUUUCUGCACAGGAACGUAAAGGCAGGUAAGAACAUUGACAUUUACUUGAAAUGUUGAAUGGUCACUAGGUACAGAACAUAUUUAACACUCAGAAUUGGCUCAUGGUACAUUCCAGAAGUAGUUUUAGAUCCGAGCUUUAUUUCAUGGACAGUUUCUCGUAGCAUCGCCUUACACAGAGUUUUUUUUUAAUGAUGUUCCUGCUGACAGAUGUGCAAGCUGUUUUAAAUGAUAGCUUUAUUUAUGAAUAUUUGUACAUAUUUUUGUGUUUGCUGUGUUUUGUUUAAAAUGUUUAAAUUUAUUUAAGCCAGAUGUUUGAGAAAUGUUGAGAUUUUUUUGUCAUGUAAAUGAGGUACUUUGAUAAUGAAGUGAGCAUUUAAUGUCUAAAUGA